CGUUUUGGUUUUUCACAUUUGAACUGCCCUGGCCCUCGAAUAAUUAUUUUAUUUAAUUCGCUCGCGUUUUCCGCGAAUCCCUUUUUGCACGCAGCAACCUGAGCCAACGUUUUUCUUCAUAUGUGUAUAUAUAUAUAUAUAUAUGUCCCACGAAGCGUCGGUCUGUGUCCAUCACUCGAUCGGCGUGGGUGUAUCUCUAUCACCUUGGACGCUGUGUCCAUCGCUUCCUUCGUCAUCGUCGUCGUCGUCUAGCAUUGCCCGAGGAGAUCAGAUCCUCCCUUUUUCUUGGCGUCGUUCGAUUGAUUCGGUCGCGCUCGGAGUACGGAGAGAUCGGGAUUCGAUGGCGAGCGCUGCGAAGAGAGUUCUGCUCACCUCCAGUGGCGACGAGAUGUCGGCGAGCGUCGCUUUGCAUUUGGCCAAGCGCGGUUGCAGGUUGGUCUUGCUGGGAGAUGAAAGGGGUCUGAGGAGCGUCCGUGAGAGGAUUGUUGGUUCUUUGAACGGCGCGACGGCGGCGGUCGAGGUUGUCGGAUUGGACAUGGAGGAAGAGAGGGAGGGAGCUUUCGCGGAGGCCGUGGAUAAAGCAUGCAAUGUUUUGGGGGGAUUGGAUGCUUUCGUGCACUGCUAUGCUUACGAAGGAAAGAUGCAAGACCCUUUACAGUUACCAGAAGAAGAGUUUAAAAAGAUAGUACGCAUAAACUUCCUGUCUGCGUGGUUUUUGUUGAAGACCGUCGGUGUAAAAUUGCGAGAUGGCCGUAGAGGAGGUUCCAUUGUAUUCUUGACGUCGAUAAUUGGCUCGGAAAGAGGGCUUUAUCCAGGAGCUGCUGCAUAUGGAUCGUGUUUGGCUGGAGUGCAGCAGUUAGUCAGAACUUCGGCGUUGGAGAUGGGAAAGCAUAAGAUUAGAGUGAAUGCCAUUUCUCGCGGCUUGCACGUAGAGGAUGAGUAUCCAAAAUCUGUAGGCAUGGAUAGGGCAAAGACCGUGGUCAAGGAUGCGGCACCACUUCACAGAUGGCUCAAUGCCAAAAACGAUCUGGCUUCGACCAUCAUCUAUCUGAUCAGUGAUGGCUCGUGUUACACGACCGGGACAACUAUCUUUGUCGACGGAGGCCAAUCUCUGGUGAGGCCUCGCAUGCGAUCCUACAUGUAGUCUGCCGAUGUUCUUCUUCUUCUGCUGCUCAGAGCAAACGAUGCAAUCUGUACAGCCGCGUUCGUUCAGACAGCAUUUCGAGGAUUGACGAGUUAGCGAGGGGGAGAGGGUCACUAGCCUAUUUUUAUGUUAUUUUGAUAAUGUCCAUUUUGUCGAGUUUAGUACAGAUUAGGUCCGCCAAUUCGUUUUCUCUCGAGAAGUUCGAGAACCAAGCUUUUGACGUACGUUGCCGCAUUCCGAAAAGUUGCGGGAGGUAGAGACAUUAUGCACAUGGCCACUUUUCUGGUCAUUUAAGGUUUCGAAAGUGAAAGGAACGCGACAAUUUAAUUAAGCAGCAGCCAGCCAGCCAGCCAUGUCGUAAUUGGUCUCUUUGUUUUUUGGGCUAGUUUCAAGAAUCGAAUCACAGAAACACUCCAAACAAAGAUUCUUCUUUACAUUUC